AUGUCGUCCACCAUGCUUCCUAACAUCACGAACGAGACAAUGCAGGCUCCAUUCAAACCUCGACAGGAUUUAUUGAUAUUUGGUCAGAUUAAUCUAAACAUAGCUUUAGUGUUUCUCAUGAUUGGUCUUGGAUGUACAAUUGAAUGGAAGGACAUUAAGAAAAUAUUUCAAAGACCCAUACCAGUAACUGUGGGGGCGUUAUGCCAGUUUGGUAUCAUGCCGCUAAUUGGAUUCACCUUGGCAAUAUUGUUUCAGUUACCAGCUAACGUCGCCAUAGGAACCAUUCUCAUUGCAACAUGUCCAGGAGGUACAGCGUCAAAUAUCAUGACAUAUUGGUCUGAAGGUGACAUAACCCUCAGUGUCUGUAUGACAUUCGUUUCCAACGUGUUGGCAAUUGGUAUGAUGCCAUGGUGUUUGUUCCUCUAUUCACAAUAUUGGAUUGCGAUAUCAGAUGUUAUUAUACCAUCACCCGCGGAAAUUGCGAUUGCUUUGGCGAUCAUGCUCAUACCGGGCGGUAUUGGUAUGCUGGUGCGAUGGAAGUGGCCACGAUUUUCCGAAAAACUGUCAUUUGUUUUGAACAUCAUCGUAAAUUUCCAACUUAUCAUCUUCAUAACAAUCAACGUUGUAGUGUUCCCUCCCAUAUUCGCUACUGGUUGGAGGGAAUGGUGUGUUGGCACUCUUUAUCCUUUUACUGCAUUCGUCGUUGGGUAUUUCCUAUCUAGACUACUUGGACUUAAGCCCAAGCAAUCCAGAACUGUUGCUUUUGAGACAGGAGUUCAAAAUGGAGCACUCGCCUUGAGUUUGAUAAAUUAUCUCAUACUUCAGGGAUACACCAACCAGCUUGAAAUGAUGACGAUACCAAUGAUCCACACCAUUUUUGCGAUGGUAGAAGGAUUUAUAAUUGUUAUCCUAUAUUGGGUUUACAAGAAAUGCAUCCUGAAGGAAAAGGGGGGAUUACUGAGUAACCGCAUGAAAACUGUAGAAAAAUUUAAAGUGAAGAAAGAGAAACAAAACAGCUUAGAAAGUAUCUCAGGUGUCAGUAUGGUUGAUGUAGGGGUGCAAGUUGGCAUGUGAAACGAAUGUGCUCAGUAAAAUAUAAUAACUAAAACAAAAAUGUUCA